ACCUGGAGGAGGUCAAGUUGCUGGACGCUAUGGCUCCAGAUGCAUUAAAGAAGGAGAAAAGGAAAGAUAGAAAACAAAGUACCAAGGGUCCAAAGGUUAAGAAGGAGCCUUUAGACCCCGAUGUAGACGUUGAAUUGCUCUCCAAAGAUCAAGCAAAGAACGAGAGUCAAGCUCUCGACCUAUCGGAGAGCGAGGACGAGAUUGAGCUAGAGGACCUACGCCAGCACUUUAUGCUUGGUGCCGAUGGAGAAGACGAGACUAUGUUAGGGAAUGACGCUGGUCAACUAUACCUAUUCCAAUUUCCGGAAGAUUUUCCCAACUUUGAAGUCCUCAGAAACCCAGAGAAUGACGAAAACUUGUCUAAAACUUCUACCAAGAAGCGAUCCGCUUCUCCAAGUAAACGAGUAUCGUUUGCAGAGGACGCUAAAGCAGUAUCGAACUCCAAAGAACCAUCCAAAGAGGCUGACUCAAAGGAAGAGGAAGUGGGAGAAAAGCCCUCAAAUGACGACAAACCCUCAGGAAUCAUUGGGCAUCUGGAGAUACUUCAAAGUGGGGCGGUCUUUGCAGCGACUCAGCCUUCUUUCCUACAACAAGCCGUCAUGCUGGAUCUACCAAAUAAGAAGAUGAAUGUCCUGGGCAAUGUCAGCCGAAGAUUUGUGGCUACUCCAGAUAUCGACGCCUUGAUUGACA